UCUGUAAGCACCACUGGCAACAUACUUGGUCGAAAGCUUUCCAGGGAGAAUGCCUUACUUGUUGUGUCGCUAUCUGCAUUUGACCUUAUUGGCCAUCCAGUACUGCAUGAAGAAUGCCAAGCUUUGCCUGAGAUUUCGAUGCGGAGCAACUUCACACAACGACUUGAAAUCUUUGCACGAGAUAGUGUCCUUGCACUGGAUGGCUGAUAAGGUCUAUUGCGGGCAAGACUUCUAUGUUUCUCCAAACCAAACAUAUCGAAGUGCCAAAUCGACAUUCAGAAAGACGUACACAUUACAAUGUGCCAAUUCAAACAAAGAAUAUAUGAGCCUGUUAAAACCAUACGAGGGCCGCUAUUUUGUGUUCGAAGGAAAAUGGAGCCUUUCAGCCACGAUCACAGUUCCAAAAGUCCGCAGCGAAGUUCUAUCCAAAUACAAAGAUAGUCAGCUCGAUAGUAGAAAAAAGUCAUACAUCGACGAUGAAUUUUCCAUUUUCAAAGCACUUCCUGAGAAAGAUGGCGACUCGUCAUCCUCCCGAGUCUCCAUUGGAUGCCUUUGUGAAUUUAUUGAGCUCAGUCCUACCAUCAGCGCUCACUGCAGGGAGAAAUUGGAAAUGGACGCGUACAUACUCAUCUGCGCUGCUAGACCAUGAGCUUCGCGAAAUUUGGGAGCUUUGGGUUGGGGAAUCUUUUUGACGCCAGUUCGAAAAGUGUUGGAGUAUCAUCUCACGGCGAAUGUCCUACUAUGUCCUUGUUUCAGCUAUUGGCAACGAUAGUCGAACAAAUGGAGAACAAACAGCGUUCAACGCUGUGUAUCACAAUUCUGCAUGCGGGUGCGAUAGUGAGAAAGGACUAGCUCGUCUGCCACGACCGUGCAUGG